GUCAGUUGGUCUGCGAACCAAUCGGGUAACGUUUGAGAGCCUCCGUCCCAACUCUUCUCCUCGACUCCGAUUCUUGGGGCCCUGAAUCAGUGCGACUCGUUCACUACCACGAUGCACAUCGAUUUUACGUCGUUCCCUCUCACAUUUCUCGGCCUUAUUACUUAAAGCACUUCUCCGCUUUCGUUAUGUGAUCCACUUGUAUUAUAUUUAAUUCGAAAAUCGGAAUCGAAUUAUCAAUUGAUUGAAAAGGAAAAUUUUAUUUUUAGUGAAACUAAAAAAUUCAAAAUACGGUACAAUCAUUCUCACCUGUCGUGAUGCAAAAGAGGAUUCUAAUUACUCUUUAAGUGUUGUUCUCCAAAGGUUAAAAAAUCAAAAAGAUUUCAGUUUUUUGUGAAUUGUGAUAAAGAAUGUUAAAUGAUAUACAAAAGUGAUUGAGAGGGAUAUAAUUUUAUUUUAAAGUGGAUUUUCAAAAUUUAUAAACGCCAUGGCGCCUCCGGAUGAUCGGUACAGGUCGCCUCGUCCAGGACUCAGCCUCUCGUUUCUCGAUUUGGCGAAAAUUCGAGCACUGGUCGAAUCAACGACAGUAUUGAGCGGACCAAUGUGCCCAUCAUGUGAAAUGCCAUUCGACAAAGGUAAAAAAAGACGGCUGAUAGAUUCUUGCGGUCACGAGAGAUGCUAUUCCUGUCUAUUUCGGAGUGAGGCCUGCCCUCUUUGCUUACGGAGAAAUGAGGAUCUUUUUAACGAGGAAGACGGCCUCGAGGGCCCUUUUCGCGACGGAAGAUUUUGCCCCUCGGGGCCCUUGUCUAUGCAGCAUCCAUCCGAGGACUGGAUCGACGACUCUUCUGCCGUGAAUUCCUUAUGCAGCAGUCCGAGACCACGUACGAGAGGGCCACUCAUCCUACCACGUUCUCAACGCGAUGGGAACGAAAUUAACUCCUCCUCGGCGAUGGGAAGGCUCAAACCUCCAGUUUUGCCGGAGUGUUCGUCCUUAAAACACAAAGUCAAUCCAAUGGCUCAAAGUUGUCCGACGCCUCCAGCUCAACGGAAACGAUUUUUCCUCAAUUCCAAGGCGUUAAAAAGUCCCUUCAGUUCACAAAGAUCCGGAAAACGAGAUCCAGUAUCUCCGGAGCAAAGUGCAAACGACAACCCGUCAGCGUUAUCAGCAUGGAUGACGACUUCCCUGGAGGGAAAGUCAAGAUGGACAGGAAUUGUUCUUGGAAAGAUCAAAAAUCUCUGGAGCAGUAGCCAGGGAACUGCCAGUAACGGAUUAAAUCAACUCGUUGAUACGUGCAACAAAAUCCAAGAUGACGAGGGCGGUUGCGUGAAGCCAAUAGCUUCUUCGAAAACAAAGAAAUCGUCGCAAUCGGAUCUUUAUAUGCGACUGGGACUUCUUUUGGGCAAUGGAAGACACGCGGGAGUCUCGAGCGUGGACGUAACUGAUCUUCCGGGUCAAACUCGAGUACCAUCGGCAAAUCCGAAAUUAAAAUUGCCCCACCUGAACAAUCUGCAGGGUCACGAUAGCUCCGCAGCGUCGUUCAGCAGUCUGACGAGUUUUGAGACUCAAACUCAUCCCUCGAAUAAUACGAGUCCAGUGUCAACUCUAACGGGCACUUCGAGCGAGGCAGAAGCAGUGGCGGCUCUUCGCAGUCCCUUGAAACUCAAGGGCAAAGUCAAGGGCAAGAGCAAAUCUCGCGACUGCGACAGUGCCGGAAGUUUGGCCUCAAUCUCAACGUCGGCCUCUGCUUCCACUUCUAUGUCAAUGUCCAUGUCCGUUUCCGUUUCGGGAUUGUCCAAUGGAAGUGCCAGUCCACUCACAACUCGAAGACAUUCCGUGACGACUUCACAGCCUGGACAAGUGGACGAGCUCGGGCAGACUUUGUUCAAAAAUCGAAAAACCUGCGUGAGAAGAUCUGCGAGAGCUGGAACUGUAUCGAAAACGAGAUUUCUUCACACGGCGGCACAGUUGACGUUGAAACCUCUUUUCUUCGAGGUCCCACUAUUGGAGACUGAUCCUGUCUUCACCGGACGUCUCUGGUUACUUCAAGAAUUUGAGGCUGUAGUCCAGGGAUCAAGUUCCGGAAUUCUUAUUUCUGGAUCUCCGGGCACAGGAAAGACUGCCUUGAUUCUUCAACUUGUCGAGUACAGUUGCUUCGGUCGUCGGAGGGAUCAGAAAGAAAAUCAAAAACUCGACGAUGAGGAUCAGAAUGAGAUUACCAUUGCACCACAUCCGAUUGUCAAGGCUACAAACGAUAGGAUUCGUGACCUGGCUUCCCACGUCGUGGCUUACCACUUUUGUCAGGCUGAUAACAACUGCACCUGUCUUGUACCUGACUUGAUCCAUUCUUUAGCAGCACAACUCUGUCAAGCUCCACAACUUGCAGCUUACAGAGAAUACCUUCUAUCAGAGCCACAUCUCCAAAGAUCCCUUUCACUCAGGGAGUGUACAGUCGAUCCAGAUCUCGCUUUAUCAAGAGGAAUUAUCGAACCUCUUUUGAGUCUCAGACGAGCUGGGAGGUUGCCGGAAAUAAAUAUGAUGAUAUUGAUCGAUGCGGUUUGCGAGGCAGAAUACCACAGACCCGAUAGAGGGGACACAAUUGCCUCGUUUUUGACAAGACAUACGCCGAAUUUUCCAAGUUGGCUGAAAAUUGUGUGCACGGUGCGAACACAAUUGCAGGAAUGCACGAAACAAUUUCCGUACACGAGGAUUUGUCUCGAUAAAAAUGUAAACGACCCCACUGGUAUCAGCAUCACGAAGGAUCUCACCGAUUACAUCAACUAUCGUCUAUCUCAAAGUCCGGCUAUUCAGACAAAUGUUACGGCUUCCGUGAAUGGCAAGGCAGAAUCCUCCAAUAGCGCAACUCAGACUCGCUUUAUUUCUCAUUUACUGAAUCUCGCCAAGGGCUGUUUCUUAUUCGUCAAAUUGACUUUAGAUCUCAUCGAGAGCGGACAUUUGGUCGCUAAAUCUGCUAGUUAUAAGGUUUUACCAGUUUCUCUCGCUCAGAUUUAUCUUCUUCAUUUCAAUCUGAGAUUCCCAACCGCAGCCUCGUUUGACAAAGUUCAGCCGCUUUUGGGAGUUUGCCUAGCUGCUUUGUAUCCAUUAACUCUUCCGGAAAUUUAUUACUCAGUGAAUGCCCUGAAUAUGGAUUCUUUCGUUUCCUGGGAGGACUUUAUGCAGAGAUUCAAGAUGCUCUCCGGUUUUCUCGUGAAACGUUUAGACAAUACCUACAUGUUCUUCCAUCCAUCGUUCAGGGAGUGGUUAAUGAGAAGGGACGAAGGCGAAUCGACAAAAUUCCUGUGCGAUUUACGACUGGGACACACUGCAAUUGCUUUUCGAUUAUCGAGACUCCAAGCUCCACUUGAUGGAGAAAAAGCUUUAGAACUCGGUCAUCAUAUUUUGAAAGCUCAUGUCUACAGAGGAGUUACACCUUGCUGGCCUUCUAGAGAUCUUCAGGCUUCCUGGUUGGCUUCCUCUUCCGAGUGCGUUUCAUCGGCCCUUUGUACUUUGAGAAAUAUUUACAGUCCAAAUGUAAAAGUAUCAAGACUGCUUCUGCUGGCAGGAGCUUCACCAAACUUCAUUACUGAGUAUCUCGGAAAUGCGCCGGCUCUCUGCAUGUACGCUCACGAAGGUUCUGUGGAAAUGGUUUCACUCUUAUUGGAAUUCGGCGCCGAUGUUGAGUUGACCAACAGUCAGGGUUGCACGGCUCUUUCCCUCGCCUCUGCUCGGGGUCACUGUGAUGUUGUCAGAAGACUUGCCGCCGCGGGAGCUUCUCUUGGCCACGUCGACAUGGCGGGCCAGUGUUCCUUGGUUCACGCUGCUAGACAUGGACGCCUCUCCGUCGUCGGCUACCUCCUGGCCUGUGAUUGGCACAUUCCUAAAACGCAGAAGACUGAAACGAGAGUGCAGGAAGUUAGCAGGGAGGAGGCUGCUCAGCAGGCAGUUGUCGCUGCCGCGGCUCAGGGCCACGAGUCAAUUGUCGAAUAUUUACUGGACAUGGCGGAAGUGACAGUCGAUGAGCCGGACACUCUGGUCGGCGAAACUUCCUUGACAGUGGCGGCUGCAAAUGGAUCGACGGCGACCGUUUCGGCUCUUCUCGCUCGGGGAGCCAGUCCGAAAGCCACCAAUGCCAAAGGACUCAGUCCUCUCAUGUUGGCGGCCAAAGAGGGUCACUGGGGAACCGCCGAAAGAAUUCUUCAAGCGACUCUGACGGCGAGCUGUGAUCAAGUGGUGGACGAGUGUGUUCCGCUUUUGGCGCAGAAGGACGCUGCGGGUCGGAAUUGCUUGAUGAUAGCUGCCGGCGAAGGUCAUACGAAUUUGAUCGAACUGUUUUUGGACAAAGGAUCGGUGAUAGAAGCGACAGACAGGGAAGGACUCACGGCUCUCGCCUGGGCUUGUGUUCGAGGAAGAUUGGCAGCUGUCCAGCAUCUCAUUGAACGUGGAGCCGAAGUAAAUACGAGCGACAACACCGGAAGAACUCCUUUGGAUUUGGCCGCAUUUCAGGGUAAUCCAAAGCUGGUGCAGUUUUUGCUCGAGAAGGGCGCGGCGGUUGAGCAUGUCGAUAUUCAUGGGAUGAGACCGCUUGAUAGAGCGAUAGGUUGCCGAAACGUGUUAGUGGUCCAGUGCUUCCUGCGAAGAGGGGCGAAAUUAGGUCCGGCAACUUGGGCAAUGGCUGCUGGGAAACCUGACGUUCUUCUUAUUUUAUUAAAUAAACUUCUUGAAGAUGGAAAUGUUCUCUACAGAAAGGGAAGACUGAAGGAAGCUUCUCAUCGGUACGCCUACGCUCUAAGAAAGUUUCCAGAACCUCCUGAACAGAUUCACGAUCAUAAACUACAGGAGCACAGUCAACUGUUGCUUCAUCUUCAAACCUUUGCCCAACUCAGGCUCAAUUUUCUCCUCAAUCUCAGUCGAUGCAAACGUAAAAUGAAUGAAUUUGAAGAAGCUAUAGAGUUGGCUGACGAAGCGUUGAAGAUCAAACCAUCGUCGUACGAAGCCUAUUACGCGAGGGCCAAAGCCCGAAUCGACGUUGACUUUCUGGACGAAGCUCUCUCCGAUGCUCAAGAAGCUUUAAGCAUAAUUCCUCUACACAAUCGAGAGGAUAGAAGAGUAUUGACGGCAAUCAGAGACGAUAUAAUCUCAAGACUCGAGGGAUCUGGAAUGGGGACCAGUAACGGAUCCAGGUGUCGACUUCGUGCUUCCAUCGACACUCUAACAGAACUGUAAAUUUAUUUUCUCUAUAGAUACCUAUUUCGCAAUUUAUCCCUUAAGAUCUAGAUUUUAAGAAAAUUAAAUAUCACUCUCGCUGACCAACUCACUGGUUUGAGGAAUCAGCUUUUUGAAACGAAACGAUUAAAUCGCUUCUUCAUCGAAUAUUUGUUCCUCCUCGGCGAUUAUUGAAAGCUUUUUUUUCCGAUUUUAAAUCGUUUUACACAUUAUUAUUUAUUGUGACUAAAUUCGUGUAUUAUGUAGUAAAUUUAGCUCACGCGUGCUUGAAGAAAAAUUAUUUAAUUUUCAUUUUCAGUAUUUUUCGAAAUUUUCGAAACUUUUUUAGAAAUCUUAUUUAUUCUAAAUUUAAGCGAAAUUUAUUUUUAAGACGAGAGAAACUCUUGCCAUGAUCGAAUCGUCACGAUUUUAUAGAUAAAAAUAUCUUCAAUUGAAGACUAUUCUUUAAUUUGAGAUUAAAAUUUAAUUAAGACGAAAAUCAUUGCUAAUUAUUAAUUAUUCAAUUAUUG